AGGCCGUAUAAUGUGUGUGUGUGUGUUUAUAAUGUGUGUGUGUGUGUGUAUAAUGGGUGUGUGUGUGUUGGCAGGCCGUUAUGCUCAGUUGCAGCUGGAGUUCUCCUCGGCUGUCAGGACGAGUUCCGAACAGAAACAGCUGAUUCUCAAGCUAGAGCAGGACCUGAGCACUGUCCAGAGUCUCAACAUGCCCCGACCGGACGCAGAGGGGUCAGACCUGACCAGCAUGGACAUGAUCCCUGAGCCAAUCAAGGAGGCCACAGCACUCUUCUCAGGGAGCUCUCCUCAGGUGGAUCUCCCCCAGGGUCAGAUGGACUCUCUGCUGUCCAUCAUCUCUAGCCAGAGAGAGAGAUUCCGCUCACGGAACCAGGAGCUGGAGGCCGAGAGCCGUACUACGCAGCAGACUCUGCUGGCCCUACAGACGGAGCUGGACAGCCUCCGCGCCGACAACAUCAAACUCUACGAGAAGAUCAAGUUCCUGCAGAGCUAUGCAGGCAGAGCUGGGAGCAGCGAUGACACGGUGAUGCGCUACUCCUCCCAGUACGAAGAGAGGCUGGACCCCUUCUCAUCCUUCAGCAAGAGGGAGCGUCAACGCAGAUACCUGAACCUCAGCCCCUGGGAUAAAGCAACACUGAGUCUGGGUCGGGUCAUCUUGUCCAGUAAGACGGCUCGGACUGUUGCCUUCUUCUACACCCUCUUCCUGCACUGCCUGGUCUUCCUGGUGCUGUAUAAGACUGCGUGGAGUGAGAGCAUCGGUCGGGACUGUGCUGCAUUCUGUGCAAAGAAGUACUCUGAUCAUCUCCAUCGUUUCCAUGAGGAUGGGGGAAAUGGUGACAUGUGGCAGUGAUGUCAUCACCUUAGGCCCCUCCCACCCCCUCCCCAGAGCACGAGCAUCAGACUCAGAAGAUCUGCUUGUGUGUGUGUGUGUGUGUGAGUGUGAGUGAGGCCCUGUAUGUGAAUAUUCUUCUCGCGCUCUGUAGCAGUGAUGGGCCUCUCUGGGUCAGAAGAGAUUUAAGACUUUCACUCUAUUCCGCUCUAUCUGGACACUUGAGAGUUCCGCUCUGUCUGGACACUCUAUGAAGCACCUGCAUCUCUGGAGCUCUAAGCUCUAGGCUCUAGGAUGGGCGCAAAACUGUUCCUGUUCUGUUUCAAGUGCAAAUGUAAUCUUUAGUUAGUGGGGCCGUCUGAACAUGGUUGAGAUUAUUAUAUAUAUACUCUAGCUGGGGAGAAGUUAACACUUUCCUGGGGAUUUGGUGUGUGUGUGUGUGUGUGUGUGUGUAUCUGGUGUGUGUGUGUAUUCUGACAGCCUUCAUGUCAGAUGCGUGUGUAUGUGUAUUCUCAAGCCUUCAAGGCUGCUUAUUCUAUGCAGAUCUAACAUAGCGUGUGUGUGUGUGUGUGUGUGUGCAUGUGUGUGUGUGUGUGCGCACACGUGUGUGCAUGUGUGUGUGUGUAUGUCUGUGUCUGCCUAUAGCUAAAUAAAGUUCUACUGCUA